GAACUAGCCCCCGCCAAAUUUUUGAGACAGCUCACGGCUUAGAGGAAGGCUCAUCUAAAUAAAGGCCAGCUAAAGUGACAUUGCUGGGAUUUAAUCCUUCUCUGGCAGCCCGUGUGACCAGAAUGCUGAUUCUUUCCUGGGGUCCAGAUUACUGGCUCGCUGGAGCCCUGCGAUUUGAGGUCAGGAAAAGCCGGAAAUGAAGCAGGUUUGAGAUAAGCACCAGCAGCAGGAACUCGAGGGCCUCCACUGGGUUUUCACACACCAGAAUGAGAUAGUCCCUGGCCAUCAAAGGAAAUAGUGAACUGGAGCCUUUGUCCUGGGACACAGCCACCCACUGCAGAGCGUCAGACCCCAUGAGUGGCCAGAAAGUUCCUGGAGACUAAUCAGGGAAGUGGCUCUCGGUAGCUGGACAUGCCAGACUGUGCAGUCGGUGAAAGGCUGGAAGUUUACCACGCGGGAAGGUAUGAAAUGUCUUGAGUGAGCAGAGCAGCAAUUUGCCUGCCUGGGCAGACUGCUGCCGAGUUUGCCUCUGCCCCCUGACCAAAGCCCUGAGGCUGAGGUUGCUCUCAAGGACCCUGGGCUCUGGCAGUACCCAGCACCCAUCUCCGACCCACUGGCCCCCUUCCGCUCCUCCCCACACUGCCCUUGACGGGCGCCUCUGCUGAGAUGGAGACGUGAGCCUGAGGUGGACUAUGACAGCAGUGUAUGCCAAUGGAGGCAGCCUGGUGAACCUCCACUGCGCCGGGUGGGAUCGGCGGGACAGCGUGGAAAGUGACUGCCAGACAGAGUGCAGCAAGGAGGACGAGGGGCAGCCCCGCCAGCUGACUCCCUACGAGAAGCUGACACAGGACAUGUCCCAAGAUGAGAAGGUGGUGAGAGAGAUCACACUGGGGAAACGGAUUGGCUUCUACCGAAUCCGAGGGGAAAUUGGCAGCGGAAACUUUUCCCAAGUAAAGCUCGGGAUUCACUCCCUAACCAAAGAAAAGGUGGCUAUUAAGAUCCUGGACAAGACCAAGUUAGACCAGAAAACCCAAAGGCUACUAUCCCGAGAAAUCUCCAGCAUGGAAAAACUGCAUCAUCCCAACAUCAUCCGGCUUUAUGAAGUCGUAGAGACCUUAUCCAAGCUCCACUUGGUGAUGGAGUAUGCGGGGGGUGGGGAGCUCUUUGGGAAAAUUAGUACUGAAGGGAAGCUGUCAGAACCAGAAAGCAAGCUCAUCUUCUCCCAGAUUGUGUCUGCCGUGAAGCACAUGCAUGAAAACCAAAUUAUUCAUCGAGAUCUAAAGGCAGAAAAUGUGUUCUAUACUAGUAAUACUUGUGUGAAGGUGGGCGAUUUUGGAUUCAGCACAGUAAGUAAAAAAGGUGAAAUGCUGAACACUUUCUGUGGGUCUCCUCCCUAUGCUGCCCCUGAACUUUUCCGAGAUGAGCACUACAUCGGCAUUUACGUGGACAUCUGGGCGUUGGGGGUGCUUCUGUACUUUAUGGUGACUGGCACCAUGCCGUUUCGGGCAGAGACUGUGGCCAAACUGAAGAAGAGCAUCCUCGAGGGCACGUACAGCGUGCCUACGCAUGUGUCAGAGCCCUGCCACCGGCUCAUCCGAGGAGUCCUUCAGCCAAUACCCACGGAGAGGUAUGGGAUCGACCACAUCAUGAACAAUGAAUGGAUGCAAGGGGUGCCAUACCCCAUCCCUUUGGAACCCUUCCAACUGGAUCCAAAACAUUUGUCAGAAACCAGCAUCCUCAAAGAAGAAGAAAAUGAGGUCAAAAGCACUUUAGAACACUUGGGUAUUACAGAAGUGCAUAUUCGAAAUAACCACGGAAGAGAUGCUCGGAGUUCAAUCACAGGGGUAUAUCGAAUCAUUUUACAUAGAGUCCAAAGAAAAAAGGCAUUGGAAAGUGUCCCAAUAACGAUACUGCCAGACCCUAAAGAAAGAGACCUAAAGAAAGGGUCCCGUGUCUACAGAGGUAUAAGACACACCUCCAAAUUCUGUUCAAUUUUAUAAAUUGCAAUAGACUGCUGGUAAUUAACCAAGAUCGUUGUUGCUGCUUUUAAAUUUUUUCACAGACAACUUGAGUGGAGACAUUUUUGUAAUUUUUAAAUAAACUUAAAUGGAUGCUUUUGAGCUAUGUGUUUUCUUUUUUCCAAAUUGUCUGUCCAGAUUUUAGCUUGAUUUGGAACUUUGUCUUUCUCUCAAAAUCUGGAAUUCAUACAAUUAAUAAACAAAUAUUUAUUCAGUGUCUACUUUGUGGCAGGCACUGUUUAAGGUACUGGGGAAACAGCAAAGAAUAAGGAUAAGCCAGGUUCUUCCUCUCUUGUGCAGGAUGUUCAAGUGCAAAAGACACCAAUGGAUUACAC